UUUUUCCUCCAUGUUGAUUUAUCGAAGGAUUGUGGUCUAGUAGAAGAGAAAACUGGCUUUUGCUGUGCGGUUUACUAAAUAUAAAACUUAGAACGAUAUCUGAAUAAUUUGACGAUGGGACGGGGUUUACAGAUUUUAAGUAUAGCAUUGGCUAUGUUUGUAGGUAGUGAAUGUCAAUCAAUCACUGUUUCUCCUCCUUAUGAUAUCCUGUAUGUUAUUGCUCCCUCCGCUUUUAACUUAAGUUGCAAUCAUAUAACAGAGAGCAAUAGUGGUAGCGACAUUGAAUGGAAAAAAGAUGGUGUUAAGAUUACAGAAGAAACAAAACAUUCAACAAUAUCUGGUGAUAAAAAGAAAACUGUUUUGAAUAUUGUGAAGCCAAGCAGUAGUGCUGCUGAUGCUGGGCAAUAUGAUUGUGUGGAAUCACCUUCUGGCACUAAGUUUUCCAUCACUGUUGUAGUUGCAAAAGUAAAUUCAAAUGAUGUUGAGUUUAAGAGAAACAUGGGAUCUGUAAAAUUAGGAUGUGAAACUGAAGGUACUGGUUUUCCAACAAAUUACACAGUUACCUGGGAAAGAGAACAUCAACCUAUAACUACUAUAGAAGAUUAUGAAGAGAAAUAUACUGUCAAUAAUACCAUGCCCAAUCAUACCUUAGAAAUCAAAAACGCAGAGAGAGCAGAUGCUGGUGCCUAUCAAUGUGUUUUUGACUUCAGCAGUCAUGCAAAUGGAUCUAAAGUUAGUCAGAAAGUAUCUGUUACAGCUAAUUUGUUUGCCUCACCUUUGAUAAGAAGAUUUGAGAAAUCAAAAAAUUUGAUCCAAAGAGAUCCUCUUGAAUUGAAGUGUGGAGUCUAUGGUCAUCCAUUGGGAAACAUUACCUGGAGUAAAGAUGGUGUAGUACUUGUUGCUAAUGAGAGAAUUAAGUUCAACCCUGGUAGUGGUCUAGAUAAUGGUAUUUUAUCAAUAGAGCAUGUAGAGUUUGAAGAUAAAGGAACUUACAUGUGUCUAGCUAGUAGCGUGAGAUAUAAUACUACAGCAAACAGUACUAUCCUUGUUAGAGUUAAAGAUAAGCUAGCUGCUCUAUGGCCAUUCCUUGGUAUUGUAGCCGAGGUUGUCAUUUUAUGUAUCAUUAUCUUUAUUUAUGAAAAGAAACGCAGUAAAGAAGAUCCAGCUGAUAAUGAUGAGACUGAUGUGAAAAGUGGAAGCGCCAAUGCUAAUGAGGCAAAUGAAGUAAGACAGAGAAAUGUUAGAGCUUAGAAAAUGGAUUAAAUGAUUAAGAUUAUAUUAUAUUAAAUGUCACAGAUCAUUUAGUUGGAAUAUUGAUACUCUUUUCGACCAUAGAUGAUAAUGCUUUGUACAAGUUAAUAUAAUUUUGGUUGAAAGAAUUCACUAAAUGAAGAUUUAUUUUAUGACAUAAAAAAAGUAAUUGCUGGGAAACUCGUUUGUCACUCAAGUCUAAAUAGAAACUUUAUAUAUUUUAAUGUGAAAUUUUGAAAAUUGGAUUGUUUCUGUGUGGAUGCCAACCUUUUAUUUAGAUAGUUAGUCCCUUAACACAAUGAUAAAGAUAGUAAUUUUAAAAUAUAUUUUAGCACUCAUUUUGAAAACUACUCAACCUUCUUUAUUUUUCAAUUUUUCACACUAGCAUAUAUGUAUAUUAAUAUCAAGAUUGAUACUUUGAAAAUGGAUGUAAUAAAGUCAUGUCAAUGCUUGUGUUAAAUACAAUGUAAGAGUCUAUCAUGGUUCUGUUAAUUUUGUGUGAAUCUUCUAGUGUGUAGGUAAUAUUAGUGUGUGUGUGACAGUGGAAUGUUAAGUUACAUGUAAUAAUAAAUAGAUACAAGAAAACAUAGAGUCAAAUUAAGAAAAACUUUAGUGUGCAUAUAUCAUGGUGAUGUACAUGUUUCAAUGUAUGUGAAUGAGAGAGAAUUUUACAUUUUUAUAAAUUUACUUUGUUUUAAUGAAUUAUUGUUCAUAAAUAGAAAUGAUGUAACUUACAUUUAACUCUUUCUUCCCCCAUGUGGCUUUCAGUGUACUUGGAAUUUUCAAAGUUUACUUUGACUUUCCACAACAAUAAUGUAGUGUUUGCAAAAACAAAUAUAUUUGCAAUUGAUGAAACUUUUCAUAAGAACCAUAGAUUAAGAUUUAGCCCGCCUUGAUUUAGGUCAAAAUAAAGCAUUGAAUUGGAUUGAUCUGAUGUGGUGGUAUGAUUAGUGAUGGAGCAAGAUGGUUAUAUACCUGUUUAAAAGUAUGAAACAAGUCUUGUCAAUACUAAAACUCAAAGUUGGUUAUAUCUCAACAACUUUCUUUAUCUGUUAUUAAUAACUGUAAAAAAAAUAUAGCUGAACAAUGAUUGUCAUCCCACCAAAAACGAAAUUCGUCUAAAAUCUAAUUACCAGUAAAUCAACAAUUUUAUUUUUGACCUAAAUCACAGAGGUCUAGUCAUUUAAAGAUGGAUGUUUGUAAAUUGCAAGGUCUAUUCAUCUAUAUAUAUAAAUAUAUUUGUUUUCACAUUCCAAUCCUUUAAUUAUUUAUUAUACAAUUGUAUACUGAUCAAUCAAGAUAAACUUUAUAGUACAACUACAAAAUGAGUUCCUGAUACAAAAUUGAUAAAAAACAUAAAAUCAAUAAAUGAUCCAUGCGUAUUAGAAAUUUGAGUGUUAUUAUUAGACUGUGAAGUAGAGAAACAGAUGUUUGCAAGAAACCUUGUUAUAUUGUUUAUCAUUUUAGCCUAAACAGUUUUAAGUAGAUGUGUGUUGAUUUUGUCUUCUUUUUUUUUUUAAUUCAAGAAAAUGUACUUGGAACUAAUAAUGAUAAUCUUAAUGAAUAUAAAUAUGUAAAUUCUACAUUUGUAUAUAUUUGUAGUUUCACAUCUGUGUAAUGAUAUUUAAGGAAGCUUUUCACUUUCACUAUUUCUUUUGGGUUGUAUGCAAAAUUUUAGAUGGAUUCUAUCCAAAGAAGGGCUAACUACCAAAAAUGUCCCAGGUUUGAAUGCCAAUGUGGGUCGAGAAGAACUUUCAGGAUUGUCAUGCCUGGUUCUCACUUGUCGGGGGGGGGGGGGGGGUGUCCAAGAGACUGACAUGGAAAAUACGUAUGCUUUAUGGAGUAGGGGAAACGCUGCUCCCCAGGCAAAUAGAAAUAAGUAAAAAGUACAAUACUGUAGGUUCGCAUGAAAAUGACCAAGUUAUGUGUCGGCAAGAUGUUAAAACCCAAUUCUAUCGCAAGAAACUAGUGUUUCCAUUUAAUAUGAAGUUAUCAUAUUAUUUCAUCAGUUUAGAAUUAAUUACUGUAUAUUAAUAUAUAUUCAUUAGUUUAGUAUAUAGCUGUUGUUGAUUUCCUUGUUUUUAAUGAUAUAUUAAUAACUAUAUCUCUAUACUAUAAAUUGUUUUGAUGAACUAUGUGUAUUAUAUUAGCACACAAUGAGGAUAGUCAGGGUGAUGAUUUUACUAUACUCCUUACACAAUGUGAUGUAAAUUACUUUAUCUACAUGUGUAUAUAUUAUUUUUAUCACUUUAUAGCAUGUAUUGUAAUGUUGAUUUAAUAAACUUUCCUUCCUUUAA